AUGAAUAUAGUCAAAAGACUAAUUUCAAGUAGUUAUAUAAUUAGAGCUAAAGGAGCAACACCGAAGAUGAAAAUUGAGAAAAUGGCCCCAAUCAUAUCUUGUUUAGAAGAGUCCUCUUAUGCUAAAGGGGCAGAGCUUCUAGCCAAGGGCCAUGUCAUUGCUGUGCCAACGGAUACCAUAUAUGGACUAGCUUGCAGCGCCAACUGCCCUGAUGCUAUACAAAAGCUGUAUACAAUAAAAGGCAGAGACUCUGCAAAGCCAGUUGCUAUUUGUGUAACAUACAUCGGUGAUUUACGAAAAUGGGGGCAAGCUGAUCACUUGAAUGACGAUCUACUUUACAGUUUACUGCCUGGACCGGUAACUAUUGUCCUAGAAAAGACGAAACACCUAGACAAUCCAUACUUAAAUCCGCACACGACAAAGAUUGGCAUACGCAUACCUAAACAUGACUUCAUAAAUAAAGUUACGAAGAUUUUUGACAUGCCUCUAGCACUAACAAGUGCUAAUUUCAGUAAUGAGCCAUCAACAUUGUCUAUUAAAGAAUUUGAGCACUUAUUCGGGCAUCUUGGUGCAGUUUUUGAUGGUGGUGUACUAAGUCAGGGCUUGGACCAGAAUAGGACAGGAUCUACGGUUAUAGAUCUGUCCAAAAUAGGCUACUACAAGAUUAUAAGGAAAGGAAUGUCCUAUGAUAAGAUUAUACAUAUGUUGGAAAGCCAUGGAUUGGUUAGCAAAUAGUAUUAUACUAAGUUUUCAUUUUGUUUCUAUUUAUUUUUCUGUGAUAAAUUACAAAUAAAUAUUUAAAAAUAAAA